CUACACUAUUCCUCUGAUCCACUGCGCCCGGUAAUUCGCAUCUGGGUGAUUGGGAGACACCACCGAGAGACGUGACGUGCUGGAAUACUUGCCCUCACCUUACUCCCCGUCCACACACCAGCCUGGUGCGGCUGAACCCCUCCAAGUCCACCUGCCCCUCCAACAAUCACAACAGCCACCAUGUCGCGCCAUCGCGUAAAGGCUGUAGCUUACGAUGAUGAUGAUUUCGAUGAUGAUGGAUAUGACUCACCAGAUCCCGAAGAACAGGAAUUCCUCGAACAGUGUACUGCAGAGGUGUUGAGUCAACUCCUCGCGGGGUCGCCUUCUGUAACGGCCUCGCGGGACGAAGUUCAGGAAGCAUUAUGGCACUACUAUAACGAUGUGGCAAAGUCCGUGAACUACUUAAGAAGUGAGUUUGACGAAAGCUAUGCAGAUGGACGAAUGGGUGUUGCUGUUCAACGGGAUAAAUCGAUGAGGUGGCAUGGACGCUAAUUGCGAUGGCUUGGUUAGAUAAGAAAGCUAAGGAAGUGAAGAAGAAGGAGAGCACGUCCGCUCCGGCUCCGAAGGCGAAAGGUAAGCGUGAUCACUUUUGUUUAUAUAACUUGCCCCAUUCCCCCAUGGGCAGGCUCGAGUCUCCAGCGGAAUCCCCCUUGUCGCACCUUUGCGAUAGUGCUCGAGAAUGUUCUAACAGGUUUUCAGUGCCUGCAUACCCUUUACCUCCUGAUACGGCUCCGCAAGAGCCCCCACAUUUCUCUGCCGCAGACUUCUUCCGCGACUCACCGUGGCUCAAUGUCCCGGCGCAUCGUAAGGCCGAUAUUCUCAUAGAGCCUCUUUAUCCUCGGCUUGGACUUCUUGGUGGGUCUCCUGAAUCUGGUGGAAAGGUUUCGAAACUAGCUGCUUUGGCUGCUGCCCGCAAGAAAAAGGAGGGUGACAAGGCUUCAACUGCGGUCCCUCCGCAGAAUGCUGAGGUGGAUAAGACACCAGCGCAUUCAACGGAGCAGAAAGGCGCUUCUUUAUCUCUCCGUGAAAGGCUUGCUGGCAAUGGGAAAUCACAAAAGCCUGAGGGUGCCCAAUCGCCGCGUCCUUUGGGAAAGUUGUCCCGUCUCGGGAGCCAUUCACCCCAGAAGAAGCCGUCUCCUGAGCCAGUCAAGCAGAAUGGGGCGUCGCCGAAUAAUUUAGCAAAUGUACAACAAGAGAUUACUGCAGAGCCUUUGGACAAAGAGGAUGAAAAAGAACAGCCUACUGUCAAUAUUCGCGCCUCGCCUUCUACUUUCGCUAGCACUAUCGUUGGGGAUGUUACGCGACCAAAGAUGACCGAGCCCAGUCCCUUAUUCUCAACUUCUUUGGAUCUGAUGGAGAUAUACGGACAAGAUCUUACUGAACCCUUUGAUUUCACAGGCCCAAGCCCAGAUGAUGUCGUCUUGAACGCACAAAGCUCUGCAAAAGGCUUCAAGUCGAAACAGCCUGCUUCUAAGCCGGCUGGCGAUAAGAAAAACCAAACCGACCUAGCGGGUGGCAUGAACAACCUAAGCGUCGCAGAGAAGGUGACCGUUAAGAGCAAGAAUCUGGACGUUUUAUCCGAAUACCAAAAGUCGAAGCGGAAAAAUGCCAUGAAUUUUGCAGUCAUCGGCCAUGUCGAUGCGGGAAAAAGUACGCUCAUGGGCCGCUUACUUGCUGAUCUGAAGGCAAUAGACCAACGGACCCUUGACAAGUAUCGGCGAGAAGCUGAGAAGAUUGGCAAAGGCUCUUUUGCUCUUGCCUGGGUGCUGGAUCAAGGUUCCGAGGAGAGAGCACGCGGUGUCACUAUCGAUAUCGCGACUAACAAGUUUGAGACAGAGAAGACCGUCUUCACAAUUGUAGAUGCUCCCGGCCACAGAGAUUUUGUGCCGAACAUGAUAGCUGGUGCUAGCCAGGCCGAUUUUGCUGUUCUUGUUAUUGAUUCAGGCACGGGGAACUUUGAGUCUGGCUUAAAGGGUCAGACUAAGGAGCACGCUCUUCUGGUGCGGAGCAUGGGUGUUCAGCGAAUUAUUGUUGCUGUGAAUAAGAUGGACUCUGUUCAGUGGAACAAGGAUCGCUAUGACGAGAUCGAGCAACAGGUUUCAGCUUUCUUGACCACUGCGGGAUUCCAGGCCAAAAACAUUGCAUUUGUGCCAUGUUCAGGCAUCAGUGGUGACAAUGUCACAAAGCGAAGCGAGGAUCCAAAUGUGUCAUGGUAUACAGGUCGUACCCUAAUUGAGGAGCUUGAAGCUACCGAGCCUUACUCCCAUGCCCUCGACAAGCCAUUGCGGAUGACCAUUGGUGAUGUCUUCCGCGGAAGCGUCCAAAAUCCCCUUUCGAUUUCCGGUCGGAUCGAUGCAGGCAGCUUGCAAGUGGGUGAUCAAAUUCUCACGAUGCCUAGCAGCGAAACGGCAUUGGUUCGAAGCUUGGAAGUGGACGGUGAACCGAGCGACUGGGCUGUAGCGGGUCAGAACGUGGUGCUCAACCUUGCAAACAUUGACCCCAUCCACCUGCGUUCCGGCGAUGUGAUCUGCCGUGCCUCUGCGCCUAUCGCCAAUAUCACAUCAUUCACAGCCAAGGUGUUGGCAUUUGAGCAUCUGAUGCCUAGCAUGGUUGACGUUCAUCGGGGACGCCUUCAUGUGCCUGGACGGAUAAGUCGACUUGUCGCAACGUUGGAUAAAGGCUCUGGUGCCGCCAUCAAGAAGAAGCCAAAGAUCGUUGGCCCAGGCUCCGUGGCACGAAUCGUUGUGGAACUGGAUCAUGCUGUGCCUUUGGAGGCGCCUACGAGAAUUGUUCUUCGGGCUGGAGGUGAGACCGUUGCGGCUGGGUUGUUGGAAUAAGUAUUCUUGGAGCGGCUUUGACCUACGUUCAAGGAGGAAUGUAUUUAUCUAGUCAAAGGUCUAUAUAUACAUAGAAAAUGGAGACUGCAAGGGCUCUUGUGUCUUUUACGUACUUCAAGGACCUAGAAACCAUCAAACAGGACGAACAAAAGGAAGAGCUUCA